UUUAUGAUCUCGAUGAUAAAACGGGGGUCCUAUCCCGGAAGCCUGGUAUACCGGUACCACCGUCUGCCGAAGAGAGAAAUGUUGAGUCUUGUAGCGUACUUGAAGCGGUCACGUCAUACAUACAGGCAAAGAUGUUGUCGCUCGGUCUCGCCGAGCUUUGGAUUCCUGACAAUGAAUAUGAGGCACGCUGCAAUAUCUUCAUGAGCGACUUGAAUACAUCGACCAAGCUCUUGAUUAUCUUGCAGAACCAGGUUGGAUCAAAACCAGGCCUUUGGAGUCGAUCUUUAUGCCUCACCCGGGGUUUGCACGCAGGAAGUAUGAUCGCAGCAAUUGAGCAUGCAGUGUCCUCGGGCUAUGCAGUAGCGGUGCUCAAUCCGAACACGAAUUCGGUAACGUCAGUGCAAGGCAGCCGACGUGCCAUUGCAAAUUCUUUUUCACCUGAAAACCACGCCCUAUACGUCUGGGACAAUCUUGUUGCGCCAUGCACGCAUUUACGCUCUGUAUAUCUGCUGACACAUGGCAAUGGUUCUUCUCUUGCGGUCGAUAUUGUACAACGCCAGAUGGUUCGUUGUGCAGAGAAUCCGAAUGAAUCGAUGCGCAUCCGGGCGAUUGCGUGCAUCGAACCAUCCCAGCUUGUUGACGGUGGAGAGUCCGGGGGUGAUAAUGAUGCGGCCACAAAGGCCGCUCUCAGGGCAUUGGCACUGGCCUAUGAGGGCCACGAGUCUGUUGGGUAUCCAGUACGGCUACUUGGUGCUGAAGCGAAAUUAGGCUGUGCGUGUAUAUCGGUCGGUUCUGAGGUUGGUGCAAAUUUGAUUGCGCCAAACGUCGCCUCUUCGGUGGGUCGUGCACUGGACAGUGUAUGGCGCUUUUUCGAUUUCGCGACAAGGCCGCCUGCGGCAGCAACAGAGCUUGGCGCGGCAUUUGCUGUUGCAGAAGCCAAAGCUGCAAACAUCGACAGCUCCCUGACCUGUAUUGAAGGUGGCAAGGCCCGCAACGCAGCCACCAGCCCAACUCAAACUCCGAGACGCGUACAUGUUGGUCUUCUUAGUCGUUUAUUUGGUAGCCACUACACGAUUCGAAGCGGGCCAUCCAAGAAAUCGGGCGUACAAAAGCAUGUGGUUUCGAGCUCCCUCAGCGUGUCGGACUUUGACUUACUACGCGUGGUCGGCAAGGGCGCAUUUGGGAAGGUGAUGCUCGUCCGCAAGAAAGAUGGCCAGGAUGCGUCGCGCGUAUUUGCAAUGAAGGUCCUCAAGAAAUCAGUCAUUGCUGCGAAGGGACAGACGGAACAUACCCGCUCCGAGCGUUCAAUUCUCUGCGAGAUUCGACAUCCGUAUAUUGUGCGGCUGCGCUACGCGUUUCAAUCAGAAGAAAAAUUAUAUCUUGUCACAGAUUAUUAUAACGGUGGUUCUCUAUUCUACCAUCUGCGCAAGAGUCGCGGAUUUUCUGAGACCCGUGCCCGGUUCUACGCUGCUGAGCUUGUGCUCGCACUUGACCAUCUUCACAAUUCAGGGAUCAUUUAUCGUGAUCUAAAGCUCGAAAAUAUCCUCAUGGAUCAUGUUGGACACGUGGCACUCACCGACUUCGGAUUGUCAAAAGAAAAUGUCACGGAUGUUUUUACUUCUCAAUUGACAACUUUCUGUGGCACCGCCGAAUAUAUUGCGCCCGAGCUCCUCAAGGGCCAGAAGUAUGGUGCCUGCGUGGACUGGUGGUCAUUUGGCAUACUGUUAUAUGAAAUGAUGGGCUUCCGUACACCUUUUUAUGACAAGAAUCGCAAACUUAUGUUUCAUGGCAUCAUCAAUCUCGAACCAAAUUUCCCCCCUCACUUCUCCGAUGCUUCAAAAGCAGUCUUGCUCAAGCUCCUACAUAAAGAUCCAGGCCAGCGCCUAGGCAUGAAUGGGGCCCAUGAAAUAAAAUUGGCCGUUUUUUUUACCCCAAUGAAUUUCCAGAAGCUUCUCAUGCGCGAAAUCUCACCACCCUUCGUGCCUGAAGUUUCCAACGAAGAGGAUACCAAAUACGUACCAAAGAACUAUCUCUCUGCAAAGCCGGAGGAUUCAAUUGACCAUUCCGCUAGCAGGCACAAGAAUGCGCAACAUUUUCAAGGCUUUACGUUCAAUCCAUCGCUGUUAUGACCGUGUUGCACAAACAAAUCCGCAGGGCGCCAGGCGCUUAGGACUAAGACGAACUCCGCAGGCGCAACGACGCGGAGUCCCGCAACACUUAACUCAGGGAAGUGCCCGCUUAGCCAAGGCCCGUAGCAAGCUGAGUUGGUGUAGGGAUUGUGCGCCAGGCAAAAGCCAUGGGACUUUAACUCUUCCAUUGUGCUUG